AUGGCCAAUCCUCCCCAAACCGAAUUGCCGGUGCAAAUAUUCCCGCCACAGAAUCGCACUUGUUUGGCGUGCGCCAUGGUCGAGAUCCAAGACACGGCCUGGCGGUUCAGCAAGCUCAUCCAGUUCAACUGGUCUAGAGCGCGCUGUGGCUCGCGCCUUCUCGAGAAACAUCACACGAACCACCCCGUGUCGAUUUCACUUUCGGGUUUGGCGUUUGGCUUGCUAACAGGGCAAGCAAGCAAGUCAGUCUACGACACGCCUCUCCACACACCCACCCCCCCUUCUAGUUUCCCAGAUUACCGGCUUCCCGGGUCAUCCCUUCCCUGGAAACUGGAAAUGGGAGAUUCCAUCAGCAUGCGCCAUUCCAAUUUCUCCAUCAUGACCUUACGGCCGGUCCCAGCUUUCCGGAACAUUGCCAUGCGGCGUGGAAGCCAAGGGCAGUGGAAUUGCCGCACAGCCUCGAGUCAAGAGGCUACAGAAAAGUGCAUUCGUCAUGUGGAAGCCCGAUGA